UAUUCCCAUUUGGGACACCAACACGAGUACUACCAGUGCUGCCCCAUAGCUGUAUAAGUAAUGUUAAUAUUGUACAACAAUUGUGAUUUAACAGCCAAUAGUAUUAACCUAAGAUUACAGUAUUACACAGUAUUAUCAUAUCCUAUACUUUAAAGCAAUGCAAUGGCAGAGCAAUGGUUGUAAUGGUAGAAGUGUUGGUAGUGUUGGUUGUGUUGGUGGGGAAGUGCUCGUAGAGGUAGAGGUAGUUGUGUUUAGUGUUGUGGGACUGUUGUGUGUGUAGUGAAGUGCAAGUGUGAGCACACAUUGAAAACAUUGAAUAGCAAUAGACUAUGAAUUGAAUGACUUGAUUGUAGUACACAUUAAAUGUAUUGAAUAGCAAACCUUUUCCGUUGACUAACAUGUAGUGAAUUUGUGACCAAAAACACCAUAUUAUGGAUAAUCUGGACAAAAGUGUAGACAACAGUGAAUGUGAUGUUAGGAUUGAACAACAAUUGCGGAUCAAAAUCGGUGAGGCCAAGAACUUACAUCCAAGAAAUGGAUCCAAUGGCUCAAGUGGUUUGCGGGACUGUUAUUGUGUCAUUAGCCUCGAUAGGGAACAAAUAUAUCGCACCUGUAGUACAAUCGAGAGGACACUCAAUCCAUUUUUCGGUGAAGAGUUUCAAUUUGAGAUUCCCCGCCGUUUCCGCAAUUUAGCCAUUUAUUUAUACGACAGGGAAAGGUCUGUCAAUAAUAAAGAUAAAGUGAUUGGAAAAGUGUCCAUUAAAAAGGAUGAUCUCUACAAACACCACAACAAAGAGUCGUGGUUUCCCAUAACACCAGUGGAUGCAGACUCUGAAGUUCAGGGAAAGAUUCAUUUGGAUAUCAAAUUAGACCAUUGCCUUAAACCCGGUGCUCAUCAAACUGUGCCUAAAGUGUCUGUUUGUGUGCUCGACUGUAAUGAUCUCGGAGUCAUCAAUGGUUGUUGUGAUCCCUAUGUAGUGGUUUCUCUAUAUAACGGUCCCAUAAGACAUGAAAUUAAAAGAACUAAAAUUAGGAAAAAGACUGUAAAUCCACACUUUGAUGAAAACUUUUACUUUGAUAUUCCCAUUAGAGGCCAAAAUCAUGACAGGAGUUCAUUGAGAAGUUUGAAUAAUUUAAAUGUAAUCAAUAGUAAUGGCUUAGAGUUAAGGAUAUCUGUUAUGCACGACGGGAAUGGUAUGUUUGGAAGUGCCUUUCUUGGAGAAGUUAAGAUAUCACUUAAUGAUAUUCAUCUUAACGGACAUAAUGCAUGGUAUUUAUUGCAACCGCGAGACACGGGGCGUACCGAUGAUCGGACAACCAGUGAAUUGGGUUCACUUCGCCUUAAAAUUCAUUAUACAUCUGAUUAUGUAUUUUCUAGUCGUUUCUAUGAAUCCAUCAGAAAAUCAUUACUUAUAUCUCCAGAAAUUAAACCUAUAAGUUCGAGUACUGUUUACAUAUUGGGUGAAUUGGUUACUAAUAAGAUAGAUGCGGCACAACCAGUGGUCAAAAUAUUUAUGCACUACAAGAAAAUUAUACCAUUAAUUAAAGCAUUGGCUGAAAAUGAAAUAUCAAAAGUCACAGACGUAAAUACGAUUUUUCGGGGAAAUUCAUUAGUGUCUAAAUGUAUGGAUGAGUUAAUGAAAUUGGUUGGUAUUCAAUAUCUUCACGAAACACUUCGUACACCAAUUGAACAAGUAUUAAAUGAACAUAAGUCCUGUGAAGUGGAUCCGAGUCGGUUCAAGGAUAGCCAAUCUUUGGCUACAAAUAUGGCAAAUCUUAAGAUAUACAUAUCAAAUACAUUUCGAGCCAUAACAUCAUCAGCUCUUAGAUGUCCACAACUUAUGUGUGAAGUGUUUUCAGUACUUAAAGACUUAGCCAUAAAAUACUUUCCCGAGAGUCGAGAAGUUUGUUAUUAUGUAAUCUCUGGUUUUGUAUUCUUACGAUUCUUCGCACCGGCCAUUUUGAAUCCCAAACUUUUUGAAAUAACUGAUCAACAAAUUGAUUCACAAACAAAUCGUACGCUAACUUUGAUAUCAAAAACUAUACAAAGUAUUGGAAAUCUUGUUAGUUCUAAAUGUAGUUCUCAAGUAAUAAAAGAAGAAUAUAUGAUAACUCUUUACAAAGAAUUCUUAACCGAACAACACAUUGAGUCAACAAAAGUGUUUUUAGAGUUGAUAUCUUCAUCAACGACUUUAUCGGUUCCCCGCGUGAAUGAACCGCCGGUUAUUCUAAAAGAAAGUGUAAUGACUAAACGAGCUCAAGGAAGACGAAGAAGAAUUGGCAUUGGAUUCAGAAAUUUCAAGAAGAGAUACUUUUGUCUAAACACUCAACACUUUUUCUAUUCAAAAGCCAAAAACAAGAGGCCGUUGUGUAGAAUACCUAUAAAUGAAAUACUGGCCGUUGAGAAACUACAGGAGCAGAGCUUCAAAAUGAAAAAUAUGUUUCAAGUGGUUCGCAAAGACAGAGCUCUCUAUAUUCAGGCGAGUAAUUGCGUCGAAGAGAAGGAAUGGAUAGAUAUGUUGACAAAAGUAUGUCAAACAAAUCGCAAUCGUCUUAAAGAGUAUCAUCCGUCGGCAUUCAUUAGUGGCCAAUGGCUUUGUUGUAAAGCAACCAAUGAGAACACUCCGGGUUGUUGUCCAGUAUCGGUAACAUCGCUACCUCCAGAUCUGGGCGUCCAUAUAGAUGCCGAUCGAGAGAUUGAACGAAUUCAUACGAUAUUCUUCCAAAAUAUGGAUAAUUUAGAAACUUUGAUAGAAAUGUGUGAAAAACAGCACUUAUGUCAUUCACCACGAAUUAACCCGAACUCCAAUUUGAAUGCAUUCAAUAAUACCCGAAUGUCUCACUUUUUUAUAGAAGAUAGACAUUCCUUAUGGGAAACUCUGAAAGAGUUGAGACAAUGUGUUAUAAGACUCGAACAAAACCAUAAACAAUACAUGAGAAGUGUUUGCGUGCGAACUAUCUAUGGGUCAGAACAGGCACCUAUAGGUGAUGACAACUACCUACUCAUGUUAGCCAAACAUUGUACCACUUAAUCACUUAAUUUAUUUUUAUACUCACCAAAAAUCAUUGCAAAUAUCAAUUACAAAUAUGCAUAACAUUUUAUAAUAUAUUAUCAUCGAAAUUGGAUCUCUUAUAACCAUWAUAUAUAUAUA